AUGAAAUUAGAUAUACAAUUGAAGAGUAAAGAAGUAGGAACAGAAGACUUAAGAACUCACAAGAUAAGACAAGAGGAGAAGGAAAGAGCUAUCUACAGAGCAAAGAUAUACAUGCUCAUUGGAGUAGCUAUACUGUGCCAUGUGUGGGACAGAGUAUUGACAGUAGAUGAGCUAAGAAAUGUCCAGAUAAAAGCUGCUGCUAUUUCUGAAGAAACAGAAGAAGUCGGCGUAGAUAGUAGAAUAAUGCCAGUGCUAAAAGAAGAAGCCAGAAACAUUGGGUUUAUGCACAGAAAGAGGUUUUUUUCGCCUGAGAUAAAGCUAGACCACUCUAUAACACAUGAUAAGUUUUACAAUGAAUCUACUGACUACAUAAAUUCACGAGACUGCAGUCUGGACAAAGUACGUGAUGAUAAUGAGCUUUUAUAUGAAGGUGGCUUGCUCAAGUACAAAAAAGAGUACUUUAAUACGCUUCUUAACAUGUUUCCCUCACUAGGUGAAUGUGUGUCCAUAUUGUCAGACGAUCUUGACUCUUUCUAUACAUUUAUUAAUAGUGCUAAUGUAAAAGAGCAUAAGUACAAAAUACUUGCCUCAUUGCUAAUGCUUGCAGAGGGAAAGCGUGUACCACUCUCAUUUAAUAAAAGUUAUAACAGAACAGAGCUCGUUCUGAGGAAGACAAAUAGCGAAGAAGAGCACUUCAGACUCAACAUGAAUGUGUUGGUUAAAACUAGCAAAGAAGGAACAGAGUCUACAGAUGUGUUUGAAGAGGUGCUGCAAGAAAAGGCAAUUGAAGUUAUAAACUUCUUUAUAGAAAACAGAGAAAAUAAGGUCUUUAUAGAAGAGAAAGAUAGCUCAGAGCCAUCUGACUGUGAUAUGCAUGAGAAAGCUCAGUUUGUAAACAGCCCAGCCUUCCUUAUACAAACCUAUAUACACUACUGCCUAGAAACUACCAAAGAGGCAGUUUUAUUCAUUCACACAGCCUAUUGCUUGCUAGGCGAAUGGAUGCUACAGAAAGAAGAAUCCUUGAGAAAAGAGAAGAUGGAAAACAUUGCAAGAUAUCUAAUAAGUAGAUAUAUAGAGCAAGAAGGAGAGAGAAGAGCUGAGAGGGAUAAUGCUUUUUUCAAAUCCAUAGUGUCAGAAGAGAAUCGCCCAUUUGAUAUAGAGAAGAUCGACAUAACUCAUAUGAAGAAAAAGCCUCUGCAAGAUGAUUAUAUUUGUUUGCUCGGAGAUCUUUUAUAUGUAGGUGUAGCUUCAGAUGUUGUUCCUGUCCCAAUGAAGACAAACAAUUUGAGCUCUUCUUCUCCUGCGCUUGGAAUAAAUUCCCUAGAUGACAAGCAUAUUCAAGAGGAUGCUAAGCCCGCACUAUCGUCUGGAUUUACUGACCCUGCAGAGACAGUGCUUCUAGCCAUCCUAAUGUCUAUUGCAUAUGAUGCUAAGAAUAAUAUAUACAGAGUUGACCACAUAGAGUCUGCGUCUGAGGAGCUGAAAAGCUUUUUCAAGAAAUAUUCGAGCGUGCGUGAACGAGUAGGAAAGGAAAUGCACAAUGACUGGAACAAAGUAGUGGGGGGCCUGCCCAAUCCAAAAAUACGCUAUAUGCGACCAGACAGAAAUCAGCUUGCGCUCGGCAUGAUCAAUAUGCUGUAUGUUAUUAAAGAGAUAACAGGUUUCAGUGAUACAAAGAAUCUGAAGAUAGAUAGGCUUAGAGACUUGAUGGAUGCGAUAAAUAAUGAUGAGAUUAUUAUUAGUAAUUGCAAUAAGGUUACAGAUAUGGAUGAGUUUAGCGAAAAGGCGAAUAUUAAAAUGGAUCUCAUAGACAUGUUUAAUAAAAAAAUCCAGAGGAUGCAAACAUUUCUUAAAGAGAAGCAAAAAGUUCUUGAGAAGAAACAAAUAGUGCUUAAGGAAAAAGAAUUGUUUAAAGAGAAAAAUCCAGAAAUUGAAGAACGUUUAGCUAUGGUGGAGGCAGAGAUAGAGGAAUUGCAGAAGGAGAAUGAUCAAAGAAAUCAAGGUUCUAUCCUUGAUUUUACAAGUGAGUACAGAACUAGAUGUGAAUCUAGAAAGAAAUGCCUAGAAGAUGAUGUAUUUGAAUAUCUAAAUGAAAUUAUUAAGAGAUUUUCAUUCAAUAACAAUAUCAAGUUAUGUCUAUCUAAGCAUAAAUGGGUUACUAAUGAAAAGUACAGUGAUCUUGAAGAAAGAAUAGAAAUCGAAUAUAAACUAAAUGAGCAUUUGGAAGACGAAUAUCACUAUUCAGUUAGUAUUUCGAUUGGAAUUGGCUCGGAACUGGGAAAAGAUCAUAUCGAGUUAAAUAAAACUAAGCAGGAUAUAUACGAAUCUACAGAAUCGCCUAUUAUAGGGAUGCUUAGUUCCUAUACAGAUAAAGGUAUCAAGACAAGUGAACCCAAAGAAGAGAAUAGGAACCCCUCUACACUGAAUAAACAUGUGGGUCCUACUUUUUUGUAUGGAAAAGAGCACAGGGUUGUUGAUAUUCUCCUGCUUAAUCCUCCAAUCCAUAAUAUGGAUCACAUAAACCAAAAUGUAUGGCUGCUGCUUCUAUAUGGAAUGGAAAAAAAACUUGACAAAAAUCAUCCUUUUUUACGCCUAGCAGAUAACAUCUUGGGCAGUGCUUGCUUUAUGGAUAGUGAGAUUAGAAAUACAAUGUUUAUAUUUCUUAGUCACAUCCCAGUAGAUAAGCAUUAUCCGCUAACAGGAAUAGACAAGAGUAUAGAUGAAAAAUAUAUUCCAUCCACAAUACGUGAUGUAUUAUACUUAGCACAAAUUACAAAAUUUGUAUCGCAGACAACGUAUGCCAAUAUACUAACUGACUUAAUGAUUAGUUUGCAAAGAAAAUGUAGUAAUGAUAACUACAAAUCCAAUGAUCUUCCUGAAGACCAGGUUUCUAUAAUUCUAUCCGAACCUUUGCUUAUCGAGAUUUUAACACUGAAUGGAACCACUAUGGACUAUAUUACUAAAAUUAUUCAAUCUAUGGAGGGAGUAGAAACUAAGUAUACAGCUAGUGAUUGUAAGAGAUUUGGCAACCGGCCUUUGAUGUGGAUUAUUUGCUCCGCACAAACAUUUAAAUAUACAAGAUGGUCUAAUAUAGCACAAGAAUGCUAUAACUUAAUUGAUAUAGAAAUCGCCACCGAUGAUGGUGCCUAUAUGUAUUAUUGUAGUGACAAGUGGACUGGAAAGAUAAAAAAUGUGCUUAAAGAGAUAGAAGACCUAGUGUGUGUUAAGAAAGAUAGGGAGAGUAUGGAAAGGUUUUCAAAAAUUCGACGUUAUUUUCCAUAUGCUUUUUGGUAA